AUGGAUACAAUGAAAGUUGAUUUGGCAGCAAUGAAUGAAAAGUUGAAAGAAGUUGGGGAACAGUUCGACAGACACGAGAAACAGAUGGACAGAAAUCAGGAAAACGUCAAAACAGACUUUGGAAAUGUGGUCGCAAAAGUUGAACUGGUUCAAGAACAACUCAACAAGCAGGAAGAAUGCAAUCGUCGGCUUGAAGCGGACAAUGUAGAAAUGAAGAGAAGUUUAAAUGAAAUUACGAAACAACUGGAGAGAAUGACACAACAAACAUCGCAUGAAGUUCAGGCUGAAGAAAUGAAGAGAGAUAUUGCAGAAGGUGGAGUGGACAGAGAGCCGAAGAUCCUUAUUGCUGGAGGCUUCAAUGGGAGACAAAAUACAAAUUCAGUGGAAAUGUUCAGUCUGUUAAACGUGACCUGCACACCACAAAAGCCAAUGAAAAAAUGUCGUAAGAGAGCAUCUUCAGUUGUUUACAACAAUCAAACUUUUGUCAUGGGAGGUGUGGGUCGUAGUGGAACAGGAAUCAAGUCAAUUGAAAAACUAUCACUGAAUGCUGUUCAAGUUGAUCAGUCCAUCACUUGGGAAAUCGUUCUUGUUGAGUUACCUGCACCAUUGUAUGGACAGUGCAGUGUAGUUUAUAAUGGCCAGUUGAUAAUGAUUGGAGGUUUUGAUGGUAGUAAAGGUGCAAUUUCUGAUAGUAUUACUGAGAUUUCCCUUGUCCCACCUCAUACCAGUAAACUGUUGGCUACCAUGCUACAGGCAAGAUAUCAUCAUGGUGUUGCAAUGUUUGGUGACAAGAUACGGAUUCUUGGAGGUAGGGUCAAUGGUUUUUCCAGAACAAAUCUUGCAAGUGUUUUGUUGUAUGAUAUUACUACGAAUGAAUGUGAAGAGUUAGCAGCCCUCCCCUACCCCGUGUCUGAAAUGGCCACAGUCAAGCGGGGUGACGACAAUGUGAUCAUAGCGGGUGGCGCUGACAGUAACGAGGAACCAUUAAACAAAGUUUUAUUAUACAACAUCAAGACGCAGAAGAGCUGUAUGUUACCAGACAUGAAGUAUAAGAGGAGAGGAUGUGUGGCUGCAGUUGUCAGAGACACUGUGAUUGUCAUGGGAGGCAUGGAUGAAAGAGGAAAUUGCUUAAAGUCUGUAGAAUGUUUUCAAUUUGAAAGCUAUAGCUGGCAAGAACUCCCUGAAAUGCGGGAAGCGAGAUACUGGGCUACUGCAGUUGUAUGUUAAUUAUAUGGGGAGGCCUAGCAAUUGGAAAUUCGUUGAUGAUGUUACUAUAUCUGAGGGAUUAUUAAGGAAUGGGGAACCGUCUGUAAUCCAGUCUGAUUUAACUUCUAUAGCUACAUGGGCAUCUAAUAACCUGAUGAAAUUGAACGCAAAGAAAUGCAAAGAGAUGCAAAUUUGUUUCUUUCGGAACAAACCUGAACUAUCACACUUGUGUGUUGAAGACCAGAUCUUAGAAUGUGUAUCGUCGCACAAGGUUCUUGGAUUGAUUAUCCAGGAUGACCUUAAGUGGAACGAACAUAUUUCGAUGAUUGUUACCAAAGCAUCCAAGCGACUGCAUAUCCUACGUGUCCUACGACGGGGAGGGAUUCCACCGCACGACCUUAUCACAAUUUAUUAUGCAUUGAUUAGAUCUACAUCAGAAUAUUGUUGUACAGUAUGGCAUUGUGGUCUACCUAUGUAUCUGUCUGAACAAGUCGAGAAAAUUCAAAAACGAGCACUGAGGAUUAUACUGCCAGGUCGAUCCUACGGUGAAGCGCAAGAAAUGUUGCAGUGUCCUAGGCUGGAUAUACGUCGAG